UGGCAAACAUAAAAAUAAAACAAAAAAGAAAGUCUAAAAUGGCUGACGAAACGAUUAUAUUAAUUUUAUUGGUAAUUGUAAUGCUAGUUGGAUCUUAUCUGGCUGGAAAUAUACCCCUCGUUAUGAAAUUAAGUGAGGAAAAGCUAAAAUUCAUCACAGUACUGGGCGCUGGUUUGUUGGUUGGCACAGCUUUGACAGUGAUUAUACCAGAAGGCAUUCGAUCUUUAUAUAUGCACAGCCAUCAACCUAAAGCCCUAGCAUCAGCAACAGCAAAACGACUCGAUGAUAUUGUCAAACUUGAUGCAUCUAGCUUUUAUGAGACGCAUGAAACACCCGAUUAUUCUUGUACAAUUGGAUUAUCUCUGGUGUUGGGCUUUGUUUUUAUGAUGCUUGUCGAUCAAGUUUCUCAGCGUAAAAGCGGCAAAAGCAGUGAAAAUGAAAGGAAUAUUACAGCAACUCUGGGAUUAGUAGUGCAUGCUGCAGCUGAUGGGAUCGCGUUAGGUGCUGCGGCAACGACCAGUCACCAAGAUGUUGAAAUAAUUGUGUUUCUAGCCAUAAUGCUGCAUAAGGCGCCAGCUGCUUUUGGUUUGGUUAGCUUUCUGUUGCACGACAAAGUGGAACGACAGCAAAUACGAAAGCAUCUGGGCAUAUUCUCUUUGUCGGCUCCACUGCUCACGCUACUCACUUACUUUGGCAUUGGGCAGGAGCAAAAGGAGACUCUAAAUUCGGUGAAUGCCACUGGUAUCGCGAUGCUCUUCUCUGCAGGUACCUUUUUAUAUGUGGCGACCGUGCAUGUAUUGCCAGAAUUGAUGCAGGGUGGACACAGCAGCAAUCAUCAUCGUAAGGCCCAAUACGAAUACCAUAUGCUAGAAGAAUCGCGAGAGCCAACCGCUCCUAGCGAACUGCUCAAUAGCAAUAAAGGCUUGCGCUACAGCGAGUUAAUUAUCAUGAUUUUCGGGACUUUGUUGCCACUGGUUAUCACGUUCGGCCAUCAGCAUUAGAUUUGGCACUAACAUUCGUUAAUGGCAAUCUUCAUUAUAGCUUAAGUAGACUUAUGGCCCACGCAUAAUAUGUAAAUGAGACUUAGAUUUAGGGUAAUUGUACAAGCUACUGUUCACAGAAUAUCAAAUACGAAGUUAUAA